CAUCAAUAUCGAACGAAGUACUAAAGCGCCAUAUUGUCACAUGUUCAUGUUCGCGACUCACAUGACCUGUUGUUUGGCCCCGUGAUCAGACCACAUUACUUCCUGGCAAAUUCAAAAUAUUUACCACCGUCCACAUGGAUAUUCUUGAUGAAGAAUUAGAUAACAGGGCAUCAAGGAGCAUAAAGGCAGAAAAAAACUAUUUGCAAGAAGUUUAUGUAGAUUCCAAGAUCAAUAUGGAUGUCAAUGGUGAUGAAAGUGCGAAUCCUGGACGAUGGGAAGUAGUAGAGGUUAUUCAAGAUAUGAAUGCUGCCCGAAAUCUCCAUACAGACAUUAUAUGUGCUGAUAGCUUGAAUUCACCUGAAAAAGUCAAUGCUGAUGAUCCUCCAGCUAUAACAGAUGCUGCUACUGUCACAUAUCGAGUUGUCCAGUUAGCUUCUGACGUUUCUCGAGAAGAUGCUCCCACUACACAGAUAGUUACGACAUCUGCUGCUUUAGUAGGUGGUCAGCAAGUUGCUCAGGCUAUUAUUGCCAAUCCCUUCACAGCAGCCAAUGGUAGCGCAAGCCCUGGAGCAGAAGGCCCCUUUUAUGUGAUGAUGUCACCUCAAGAUGUUCUUCAAACUACCGGACAGAGAGCUUUAGCUCCACGGACACACCAGUUUAGUCCAAAGUUAGAAAGUGGAAGAACAGCUAGAGAUGAGCGAAGAAGAGCAACACAUAACGAAGUUGAAAGGCGUAGAAGAGAUAAAAUCAACAACUGGAUUGUUAAAUUGUCAAAAAUUGUACCUGACUGCACCGCAGAGCAUUCAAAACAGGGCCAGUUUUAUUCCCAAAGCAAGGGAGGAAUCCUUGCAAAGGCUUGUGACUACAUACAAGAACUGAGAGCAGCCAGUGCAAGGAUGCCUGAUGUUCUAAAAGAAAAUGAACGACUGAAUAUGGAUCUAGAUGUUCUGCGUCAGCAAUGUGAAGAGUUGAAGAACGAAAACCAAAUGUUGCGUGCACAUUUGCAGCAACAAGGUAUCACUGUCAGCAAUGUGGCCAGCAGCAGCUCAUAGUUUUUGCAAUGAAGAAAUUGGUUGUCAUUUCUUCUGAUACAGUAUAAUGCCUUGUUAUUCAGUAUGAAGUCAAGAAGUGAAUUCUUCACUCACACUGACCUGUAUAAAUAUUGCCACUUUUAAGAAUUGUUGUACACAUCGAAGAGAUAUUAAAGUGGGGACCUUGUGCAUUAGCUGCACAUAUAACUUACUUUUUGUGAUCUUUUUAAAUCUAGUUUUUGUUGUUUUGUAAAGUUUGCACUGUGUGUAAACUUCACUUUUCAAUUUUUAUCUUUUUUGUAGAGAAUGUACAUAAUAUAUAUAAAAUAUAUAUAUACAAAUAUCUAUAUGACAUGGAAUGUUUUCUGCAAGAAAAUACACUGCAGAGCUUGUAAAAUAAAGUUAUGUAAAUUUAUGGCUAUGUUAUCUUAAAUUUUUCUAAGUCAAACAAA